GUUGCUGUUUCUCAUCCUCAAGUCACUCCGUUUUUAAUUUGUUAGUCUUCUAAUAUUUGAUUUAUAUUUACAUUAUAUUUAAAUUUUCUUUUAGAUUUAAGUGUUUUUGACUUGGAGUAGCAAAAGUAUUUUUUUAUGAUGGUACUGGAGGAAAAAAUAACUGUACUGUCUGGCAAAGAAAAAGUAGCCAAAUUGAUAACUGAUAUUAAAUUGAAGAAAAUCACUGGUAGUUAUCCUAUAACAACAACUACCGUAGAAAUAUUAAAAGAUAUUGUGAUAAACUCGGAGUGGAAAAAUGCACAAGAUAUCAUCAAGAUCCUGAAAGCUGAAGGAAGAAAAUUAUCAAAUGCUCUUCCAAUACAUGCCUCUGUUGGUAACAUGGUCCGUCGGAUCUUGAAGAUCAUUCGUGAAGAAUAUGUUGCUGGCCAACAGAAUAAACAAGAAGAAGUAGACCCUCAAGAGUCGCUGCAUAAGAUAGUAACCAGUGAGGGCGAAGCGGAAGACUAUUCAAAAGACAUUCCGCAGCUUAAGGAACAGGUGUUGGAACAUAUCUCCGAGUUCCAAAUGGAAUUGGAAACAAGUAUAGACAACAUUGCCCAGCAAGCCAAGGAGCACAUCCACGCCAAUGAGAUAAUCAUGACUAUCGGCAAGUCCAGUGUUGUGGAAGCAUUUCUCAAAAAGGCCGCUCAUGAUCGGAAGUUUGAUGUGAUUGUGGCUGAGUGUGCGCCAUUCCUUCAUGGCCACGAGCUGGCUGCAAGUCUGGCCAAGAGCAAGAUACAGACGACGCUGAUCCCAGACUCGGCCAUAUUUGGCAUCAUGUCUCGCGUCAACAAGGUGAUAGUCGGUACGCAGACUGUGAUGGCUAAUGGAGGCCUGCGGGCUGUCUGCGGAGCUCACACGUUGGCACUGGCCGCCAAACACUACUCCGUCCCGGUGAUAGUGCUGGCUCCCAUGUACAAAUUGUGCCCGGAAUACCUGUGCUCUUACGACCAGGACUUGUUCAACAGCUUCAUCUCCCCAGAGGGCGUUCUAAACUUUUCUGAUGGAGAAAUCCUCGACAAAGUGCACGUUUAUAACCCUGUCUUUGACUACGUUCCACCUGAACUAGUCACUCUGUUUAUCUCAAACACUGGCGGCCAUGCUCCAUCGUACGUCUACAGACUACUGAGCGAGCUUUACUAUCCAGAUGACCACAGCUUGUAAUUGUUAUUGUGGGUUUUUGUUAUAAAUAAUUAAAUGUUUAGUACUUUUA